AUGCAUGCCCCAAGCAAAAUGUCCCCGAAUCAAAUCUACCAAUUCUCCCUCAUCGGUAGUCUCAUGCACGGCGUCUGCCACGAUGGCAUCCCCGCCUCCCACAUCCUCCAGAAAGGCACCCACGGUCUCGGCACCGUCGCCGACCUGGACGGCGAGAUCGUGGUCGUCGACAGCGAGGCAUACCACUUCACUUCCGCGGGGGUCGUGCGCCGCCUGGCAUCAACCGACACCAUCCCCUUCGCCAUGAUGACGGACUUCCACCCCACGACAACCACGCAGCUCGCCUCGCUGGACACCGAGGGCCUACUGGAGCACGUCUCCCCGCUCCUCGGCCCAGGGCGCAACUACUUCCUCGCCGUGCGCGUGGACGCCUUCUUCCCGUCGCUGUCCGUCCGGAUCAUCCCCAAGCGCGAGAACCCGGACGAGGCGCUCGGCGAUCUGACCAGGCGGCAGAGCGUGACUUCCAUCGAGAACUCGACCGGCUCCCUGGUCGGCUUCUGGUCGCCGGAGUAUACGGCCGGCUUGAGUGUCGCGGGGUUCCAUCUUCAUUACCUGUCGGAUGACCGGAGGGCUGGUGGCCAUGUGCUGGAUUUCCGCGCGCACGAGGCGAGCGUUUCGGUUGCGGUGGUGCGGGAGUAUCAUAUCGAGCUGCCGGUUACGGGGGAGUUCCGGGAAACGGGGAUCAAGGUGCCGGAGUUGGCGGAGGUGGAGCAGGCAGAGGGGUUUCGCAAGCACGGUUGA